ACUUACCUGCAUUUCUUAACGGAUCUCUGCCUCUUUCCGUCCAUAUCCAAACUCUCUCUCUCUCUGACUCUUAUCUCUCUCUUCAAUCUCACGAAACCGAAGACUGGUUCUUAGCGAACUAAGAGAUGAACGUCCCAUGUAGAAAGAGAGAGUCUUUUGCUAAAAACGGUCUAGUUAGAAGAUGAACAACCCUUUUAGUAAAGACGUCCGAGAUUCACGUGCUUCUCUCAACAGAAUUCAAAGAUAGAAAAAAGACAGAUAUUUUAAAAAAUUCUGUUCCAUUUUCCUUCGCCGCCUCCCUAGUAUAUAUAUGCAGACUUGUAAUUACAUUUGACCUUAACAGAAACAGAAAACAGGGCUCUACGGAUCUCUGUGUUUCUGUUCUUAAUUAUUUUUUUCCUCCAAAUUCUUUUAAUUGUUUGAGAUGGGUAUGCAGUGGUUUUGUGGAUUGGUUCUUCUGGGCUUGGUGGCGUUGUUAGGUAGUGUUCAUGGGGAAUCACUUGAGCAUUUGGUAUCGAGAUUGCCUGGCCAGCCCAAGGUUAGUUUCAGGCAGUUUGCAGGGUACAUAGAUGUCAAUGAGAAGACUGGCAAGAGUUUGUUUUACUACUUUGUUGAAGCAGAGGGGGAUGCAGAGAAUAAGCCCCUUACGCUCUGGUUAAAUGGAGGCCCUGGAUGUUCCUCAAUGGGUGGGGGUGCCUUUACCGAGUUGGGUCCAUUCUUUCCUAGAGGAGAUGGUCGGGGCCUUGUGAUAAAUCCAAAAUCAUGGAACAAAGUAUCGAAUCUCCUCUUUAUUGAGUCUCCUGCUGGGGUGGGAUGGUCUUACUCAAACACAUCAUCAGAUUAUAUUACUGGGGAUGAAAAUACUGCGAAGGACAUGCGCAUGUUCCUGAUAAAAUGGUUUGCUAAAUAUCCGAAGUACAAGUCAAGCGAUUUUUUUCUGACUGGAGAAAGCUAUGCAGGGCAUUAUAUACCACAAUUGGCAAAUGCUUUAGUGGACUACAAUAUGCACUCAAAAAAAUUCAAGUUCAAGAUUAAGGGAGUAGCUAUUGGGAAUCCACUUCUCAGACUUGAUAGGGAUGCCCCAUCAGUAUACGAGUUCUUUUGGUCACACGGGAUGAUUUCAGAUGAAAUUGGCCUCACCAUCAUGAAUGAAUGUGAUUUCAAUGACUAUACCUUCAGUGAACCCCACAAUGUGACAGCCUCAUGCAAUGACGCUAUUGGCCAAGCAAAUAAGGUGGUCGGAGAUUAUGUAAAUAAUUAUGAUGUGAUCCUUGAUGUCUGUUAUCCAUCUAUUGUGAAGCAGGAGCUGCGACUGCGAAAAUUGGCUACUAAGAUGAGUGUGGGGGUUGAUGUUUGCAUAAGCUCCGAGAGAAGUUUCUAUUUUAACAGUCCAGCAGUUCAGAAGGCUCUUCAUGCAAACCAUACCAAGUUACCAUACGAUUGGAAAAUGUGCAGUGAUGUUCUGAAUUACAGUACAACUGAUGGCAACAUUAACAUGCUUCCUUUGCUGAAGAGAAUUAUCCAAAAUCAUAUUCCCGUCUGGAUUUUCAGUGGGGACCAGGAUUCUGUUGUACCACUGUUGGGAUCAAGGACACUCGUAAAAGAACUCGCUCAUGAUCUGAAUUUCAAGGUCACAGUUCCAUAUGGAGCUUGGUUUCACAAAGGACAGGUUGGAGGCUGGGCUACUGAGUAUGGAAAGUUAUUGACUUUUGCCACAGUUAGAGGAGCUGCUCAUAUGGUCCCCUAUGCACAACCUGGAAGAGCUUUGCAUUUGUUUGAUUCAUUUGUGCAUGGAAGGAGAUUACCAAAUACAACUAAACUUCCCAUUAACGAAUAAUGUCAAAUUGUUUGUCAGUUCUUUCUCUUUUGGAGAAUGGAAAGGUGAGGGAAGGGAUGAAAUAUAGUUGAGUAGUUCAGAUGGAACCUUAGGAUGGAAUCAGGGCAGGAUCUUAAAUGUUCUAAAGUUGUCAUUGAUAAAUUCAUGAUGGUUUUAUGUUUGAAAUGGGGAAGAUCCAAUAAAAUGAUUUAAGGAUGAGGUUGGGGAGUUUAUGUCA